CACCAGCAGGGGCAGCAGUUCAUUGUACGCACGACGGCGUGAAAUAAAAGUGACGUGAAUAAACGGUGUCGUCAUUUCCGCCUUCUUCUUUUGUCGCAUGCUUUUUCUGACCAGCUGUAGGUAAAAGAAGACAAAAUGAACCAAGAAAAACUGGCUAAACUUCAAGCCCAGGUCCGAAUAGGGGGCAAGGGAACAGCACGUAGGAAGAAGAAGGUCGUCCACCGAACCGCGACGGCGGACGACAAAAAACUUCAGAGUUCGUUAAAGAAACUUGCAGUGAACAACAUCGCUGGGAUCGAGGAGGUGAAUAUGAUAAAGGAUGAUGGUACAGUGAUCCACUUUAAUAACCCUAAAGUGCAGGCGUCCUUGUCUGCAAACACCUUCGCCAUCACGGGCCAUGCAGAGACCAAGCAGCUGACAGAGAUGCUUCCCGGCAUCCUCAGCCAACUCGGUGCAGACAGUCUCACGAGUCUGCGCAAACUCGCCGAGCAGUUCCCCAGACAAGUACUUGACAACAAAGCCCCCAAAGCAGAAGAUAUCGAUGAAGAGGAUGAUGAUGUCCCAGAUCUGGUAGAGAACUUCGACGAGGCGUCAAAGAACGAGGCCAACUGAUCGCACGUGGUUAACUGGGACUGCAGUUCAGGACCCGAACCUGUUGCAGUAUUUUAUGAUAACGAAACAUAUCAACACUAUCCAGCAACCCAGAGACUUUUGUUCUUUUGUUUUUUUUUUAAUUGGCACCCUUGCCCCAGAUAAUGUUCCUCGGCCAGUCUCUCGCUCUUAAACAAGAUGACGGCGUACGGUUCAGAACGAAAACCAGGAUCGUGAUCGCGACUGACUGGAAACUAGUCUUAAUUAUUUUUGUCAAGUAAACAAUAAAUAUCAAAACCUUU